AUGUCAGAAGACCAGUUUACUUCAAUUCAAUUGGAUAGGGACGACGCUGAAUCGUCGGACCCUCCUCCAACAUAUCAACCCAUUCACGAGGAGGAAGGGGAGGAGGAGAUAGAUGUGAAGGGGAAGGAUCAAGAGAUAGGUGUCGACGACGAUCCCUCCAAUAGUCUUCUAGUGUCUCAUAGUGGAGAAGAGUUGGAAAUUGGGGGCGCUAGCUCAAGUUCUGGAACUGGGGCUGGUGGUGUCAAUGAUGGGAGUGUUGCUCAGUCUGGGCAUGAAGCGGUAGACGACGAAGGGGAUGACUCCGCAAGUGUUAGUUCUUUGAUUUCCAAACGUAAGCCAAUUGAUGAGCAACAGCCCAUCCAUACAGAAGCAGAAGCAAUUGUCUAUUCUAUAAACACCUCCGUUACUGAACCCCAGCGAGAGAUGGACUCCAACGGCAAGCCGUUCAUUGCAUACCUUCUAACUACCGUCACCGACAGCCCAUCGAUUGCGAAGCUUUCCAACAAGAAAGUGGCACCUCUGUCCGGUGCUCAUGAAGGCAAUUCCAUAGCAGGCAAAAUCGUGGUGAAUAUAAGAAGGCGGUACGGCGACUUCAAGUUUCUUUACGAUUGUUUAUGUAAUGACUACCCGCAACUAUUGAUUCCACCCUUACCACUGAAGCUGAACUUCAAGUACUUAACUGGGGACACCUUCAGCACGGAAUUCGUACAUAAGAGAUUAAACUCAUUGAAUCGAUUCAUUAAAUUCAUCGCACAGCAUAAGAUCUUGAGCCAGCUGAAGAUCUUCCACUUGUUCGUUAGCGAUUCUCACGAUUGGUCCACAUUCCAGAAGAACCUCAAAAUCAGCAGAGGAAUACUGGAUGAGUCCGGGAACAGUAGUGGUAAUACGGGUGAUUUACCCUCUGUUGUUAACAAGGUGGUCAAUGAAGAACUCCUUACAGAAACCAUCAUGAACUUUUUGACCCCCUCCAAGCAUAAAAGAGAGAACAAUAAAGAUAUUCUUGAGAUCACCGACAAGUUAAAGAAGUUAUAUGAGAAUUUGAUAAAAUUGGACAGAAUUUUUGCCAAGUUAAAUAAGAAAAAUUAUGAUUUAUGCUUCGAUUAUGAGCAGUUUCUGAACCAGAUAACGAAAUUGUCGCUUCAGCUGCAGCUGAUUCCUACCAGUAAUGGUGAAAGUGGUGAAGUAAACGGGGAUACUGAUAUUGAAGCAAACAACGCAGUCACUAAUAACUUUAAGGUAUUCGCUUCUUCCUUAUCAUAUUUCUCUGAGAAUUGGUCUAACUUGCACAAAUACAUCGAUGAAUCAUUCUUGGUAUCAUUAAAGGACUGUGCCAAGUACAUCAUCAGUUUGACUAACUUAAUUGAAUUACAGCAUAAUAAGAAAAUCGACUUACAGGUGCUUCAAGACUAUUUAUCCAAGGCUAGACUGGAGCUUGCAAAUUUGGGAGGCGGUGGUGGAGGUCAUGGUGAGGCUCCCAAUCCAGUGAUUGGGCAUCAGAGCAGUGGUGGCGGUGGUCUCGUGAACAACACUACUCAAUUGAUCAAAGACACUCUUUCACCAAAUUCGUCUGGGUCUAUAGGCUCAAGUCAUACGGAGAAUAAGAAAUUGAAGUUGAAAACUAAAAUCGAACAAUUAGAAAAUGAAAUCCAAAUCCAAUCAACCAUAGUAAAUGAUUUAACAAAUAGGAUUAUACAUGAGGAAUAUCCGUUCUGGGAUAAGUUCAAUAAAAAUGAGUUGAAGCUGUCAAUGCUAGGAUUAUGUGAUGAGCAGAUUUUAUUUUACUCAGGACUAGUUGACAAGUGGAGCGAAGCAGAAUUGAAGUUGAUGAAUAGGCUAAAGGAGUUAAGUUAG